AUGACCGGAAUGCCGAUUCAUGUGCACAAAGCCAUACUUCGGGUCAGAUGUGAACACUUCCGCUCAAUGUUUGGCAGCAAUUGGGAGGAGAGCUCUAAAGGCGAACUUGAGAUGACUCAAUACUCAUAUCCAGUGUACUAUGCAUUCUUGCAAUACUUGUAUACCGAUGCGGUAGAGGUGGCCCCUGAAGACGGCAUCGGACUCUUAGAUUUGGCCAAUUCUUACUGCGAGACAGACCUCAAACAGAAAUGUGAACGACUUAUAAGGAACGGCAUAACCAUAGAGAACGUGGCAAUGCUAUACUCGGCCGCCAUUCGGUUCGACGCCAAAGGACUAGAAGACUACUGUUUUCGGUUCGCUUUGGUCCACUUGACUGCUGUCGUACAGACAGACGCCUUCAACCGAUUGGAUGAGACAACUCUCAAGAGUUUCAUAACGAAGGCCGCACUCAAU